UUUUAAAUUCCUCUGAUUUCCAAUUUUUACUUCGAAUUUUUUAAUUUGUUGAACUUCUUCUUCUUUCGUUUUUUUAUAAAUCACUAGUCUUUUCAAUCAAGUCCUUUCAAAGUCCAUUUGCAACUUCACUUUCGCUUGUAUUAGUUGUCUGAGAAAUAGAUAGAAAUUAUUAGGAUGCAAUUCAAAAACGUUUUCACCACCGCCGCUUUGGCCGGGUUAGCUUUAGCUGCCGAUAACAACUCAACUUUAACUACUGCUACUCCUUCAGUUGCUAGUGCUUGUACUUUCUCAGACUUUACUGCCACUAACUCCGCACAAGUUGCUCAAGUUUCUGCUUGUGCUACUGCUGUUGGUGAUAUUACUAUCCAAGGUACUGCCUUUGGUGGUAUUGAUCUUACUGGUGUUCAAGCUAUUUACGGUAACCUUACCGUUCAAAAUGCUACUCUUGCUGUUACUCUUAAUGCCCCAACUUUACAAAUAGUUUCUGGUACUUUAGAAUUAAUUGCUAACACCAUUUUAGCUACUGUUAACUUUGCUCAAUUAACUACUGUUGACACUUUACACUAUAACGCUUUACCAGCUUUAGAAGAAACUGGUUUAACUACUGGUCUUACUUCUGCUAACAGUGUUAUCAUUGAAGACACUGGUUUAACUUCAUUACAAGGUAUUAAUGUUUACAAGUUAGCUACUUUCAAUGUUAACAACAAUGGUGACAUUGAAUCUAUUGACUCUGGUUUAGAAUCCGUCACCAGUCUUUUAUCCAUUUCUUACAAUGCUGAAAAGGUCGAUGUCGUUUUAGACAAAUUAACUUCCGUUAACAACCUUAACUUACAACAAGUUAACUCCUUCUCUGCUCCAAACUUGACUUCUAUUAAUGGUUCUUUAUCUGUUGCUUCAACUUCAUUAGAUACCAUUGAAUUAACCGAAUUAAAGUCUAUUGGUAAUUCAUUAACUAUUAGUAAAAAUGACGACUUGGAUCAAUUAGAUUUCCCAGUCUUAAGUUCUGUUGGUGGUGCUUUACAAAUUUCCGACAAUCCACUUUUAGAAUCUUUCCAAGGUUUCCCUAACUUGACUCAAAUUGGUGGUUCUGUUAACAUUAACGGUACUUUCAACAACGGUACUUUCCCAGCCUUAACUAAGGUUGCUGGUGGUUUUACUUUAAAGACUGAUGGUGAAUUAUCAUGUUCUGAAUUCCAACAAUUGAAUCAAAAUGGUGACAUUAAGGGUGACAAGUACUAUUGUUCUGGUGCUGGUGGUGCUUCAUCAUCUUCAUCUCACAAGAGUGGUAACAGUGACAGUGGAUCUUCUACUGCUUCUGGAUCUUCUGCUUCUGGUUCCUCUACUUCUUCAAGCACCAAGGCCGGUGACGCUUCAUCUAAUUCUGGUAAAUUAGCUGCCGUUGUUGCUGGUUUUGCUGCUGUUGGAGCUGCCAUCUUCUAAGGAUCCUACAACUACUAAAAGAAGUUAUCAUCACUUCAAUUGCACAACAAAAUAACAGAUUAAAAGAUUUCUAAAAUAGAUACAAUAAUAUUCAAGAUUCAUCAUGCUUUAUUAUCAUCCAUUGAUUGUGACUUACUUUUUUUAUAGUGUUCAAAAUUCCUUCAUCAACUUUAAAAUGAAUUAUUAUCAAAAAAACUCUGCUUUAUGCAACGCUACUUUGACUUUUGUAUAUGUCUCCUCUAUAUAUAAUUUUAUGUUUUCCUUAUAAUCGUCUAUGUUUUUCUCCGUUAUCAAUUUGUUCUUCUCCUGUCAAGUAGUGCUUAAUAUUAUUAAUUUCAAUUUAAUUAUUUAU